AUGUUCAAUCUCGCGGAAACAUAUCGCGAGUUUAUGGAUAAUGCCGAUAGUUUGGUUGGCACGCCCAGUACUGCUCUGGAACAUAUAGUGGAAGUGCUUGCUGUUGACCCAGAAAUGGUUAUUGAUGAGGAUACCUGGCAGGCGGUUUUAGAUCUCCAUGGCGACGCGAGCCAAGAUCAAGAUCAAUUGGUAGAUCUGGUUAUCUCUGGCCUCGACUCUUCGCUUAAACUCUUGAGAGAAGCAAUGGCGGCUGUCGAUACCGACAGGCUCAUCACGUUACGUGAAAUGCUGGAGAAAUACGCGUUUCAGGCUCACUGGCUGUUGUGUCGUGCUGAGGAACAAAUAUCACCUGUAACGGCAUUACCAGGAACAAGAGGCGAACAAGGUAGUGAGGUCCUUGCCGAAUCACUUUCUCGUCGUCCCCGAUCAGCUGGACCUGUCGGUGUUAGAUGCAAUUUGAUUUUAGCCGCGUUCACUAGAGUGGUUUCUUCUGGCCUGGAGGCAGUUCUUCCGACGCGCACAGAGAGGGACGCUUUUGCUAUUCUUUAUAUGCGCCCAUCGAUGCGUAUUCUGGAGCAUGAAAUUGUCGCGAAGGACGCAGAGCUGCGGCGCCAUGCUAUCAAGGCGAUUUGCAUUGGUAUUAAGCGCCAAUCACAGCUUCCUUUCGUCGAGCUCCAAGUCGUUCAGCUCCUGUGUUAUUAUGAGCAUAUCGCGGAAGUGAUUGUUGAGCUCAUUGUUGUUUUAAAAGAACAAUACGACCAUCGCGCUCUUUUUGAGUCUAUGCUAAAAAGUUUGACUAAAGACUGGACGAAUCAAGACACCGGCCCGAAGAAUGUCGCUGCGUUUAUAUCCAAGCUGGCUGGCACAGCACCCGAUCUUAUUCUUGAGCAGCAGAAGGAGAUAAUUUCAUUCGGCGACUCUAAUAGUCAGCCAUUAAGGUCGGCAGUUGUCGAGGUGUUGACAACCGUCGUGAUCUAUUUGUUAUCACAAGAUGCCAGUGCUGAAGAUGCUGAAAGCAGAUUAGAAAAGAUCAAGGAGCUGAUGGAACUAGUUAUGACUCGGACGAAUGACGUGUCGCACUUCGUUAGGUCUAAAGCGGUACAAUGUCUCACGUUGGUAGUGAACUCGCAAUUGCGGAUCAACCAUUUGAGAGCAGAGAUAUCUGCUCAUGCUGUGAUGAAGUGCAAGGACCGAUCUCAGUUGGUACGCCGCAAUGCUUUCCGGUUGAUGACUGCUUUGGUCGAGACCCAUCCGUUCCGCCUCGGAAAUGGUCGCUUGUGUUUGGCAUCAUGGCGGAGUAACCUUGAAAAACUUGAGAAUGAACUAGAGAGUUUUAUCGAGGAGAGUACACAGGAGCUUAUCAACUUAAGUAUGGAGACUGCUCAUGACAUUGAAAGUGUUUCGCAAGACAAGGAUACCUCUAUGGUUGAAGAAUCUGAGCCAGAGUUGGACGUAACAGAGGUCGAUGCUGAGGCUGAAGUUGAAACUCUGAGAAGUGAGGACCCCCUGCCAAUGAACGCCGAGCGAGCUUCGGAGGUAGUUUCGGCUUUAGAGCUUCAAAUCAAAUAUCACAGAGAUGCUGUGAAAUUCAUUGAGCAUGUCGUCGACUGCAUCGACACUGCAUACGCUUUGCUCGGUUCGAGAUCUAAAGCGGAUCUGAUUGAUGCUAUGGACUUCUUUUACGUUUGCAAAAUGUACGGCGUUGAAGAGGCUGACAAGGGUAUACGCACUAGCGUUCACCUUGUGUGGGUUACAGCCAACAAUGAUGAAGAUGCAGCAGUUUUGAACAAACUUGUUUGGUUGUACACAGAGUUGUAUUUUACGCCGCCCCAAGCGUUGGCACUUCAUGAAGCUGCCCUCUAUGUGGCGGGUAAUCUAAUUGAACUGGCGAUCGGUUCCGAUUUGAACGGUCUUUCUUCUUUGGAGAAGCUUUUCUCUCUUGCUGAAGAGAGCGGAUCGAUCACCCCACCGGUUGUCGCUUUGCUCUGGCGCAUAUAUGGCAGUGACCAGCCGUCGAUCACUCCCGAACGCAGAAGAGGUGCAGCCAUAAUUCUGGGAAUGCUAGCCAAAGACAAGCCUGAAAACGCUCGGAUGGGCUCCCACGUACUCGUAGAGAUAGGGCUUGGUGAUUUGGCGAAAAUUGACAUAGAAUUGGCCAGGUACACUGCGAUUAUUCUUUCUAGGCUCCAGACUGAGCAAGAAUGGAAGCAAUCGACGCCACCUGCCCGCCUCGAAGCUAGCCACGAGAUCUUCCAAAAGCUUGGCGAGCUUCUGCUUUUACCGAAUCCGGAUGAAAAAUGGUUUGCGUUUGCUCAGGCUGCUCUUCGCACUAUCAACAAUCUUUGCGAAGAGGCCGUUGUGGUAUUUGACACUCUACUCCGGGCCUUUCAUGAAGCAGGUAAGGAGACUGACGACCCUGAGUUGGAACAGCAGCUGUUCUGCCAGGAGAUAUUUGUGGCAGGAGAGAUAGCACUAAAUCUUGCUAUCGACUUGGAUCGUAGCGAGUUGAUGUUUAAACGCCGUUUCCGGGAAGAAGCCUUGGCCAAAAACACCGAAACGAACGAUAACAGUGAAGAAGACGAUCUCAAAAUGGUUGGUGGCAGCACGGAAGACGAUUUUUCAGAAGCGGUACGAGAAAUACGAGAAAGGGAGCUUCUUUUCUCCGAUCGCGCCAUGCUAGGGCUGUAUGCACGUAUGGUUGUCGAUCUUUGCGCCACAGAAGUUGGAACGCCUCAUUCGGAAAAAGUGGGUAUCUGUCUGUCGCUGUCGCUGCCUAAAUUCAUGCUUGUGAGCAGCAUAUUUGCUGAAAAACAGCUUCCGUUGAUGAUGCAGCUCGCCGAAGGAUCGUCCCGACCAGUUAUCAGGGCGAACCUUGUUGUGGCGAUGGGCGAUUUGGCCAUGUGCUUCAAUCCGUUGAUCGACAAACACACCGAGUUUCUGUACGGAAGACUCAGCGAUCCGCACAAGGAAGUCCAGCGCACGGCAAUGACCACCCUAACCAACCUUAUUUUGAAAGGACAGAUCAAGGUUAAGGGUCAGAUUGUGGGGAUGGCGAGGGCGCUGGAGUCGAAGGAUGAGGAGAUCUCGCGAUUGGCACAUGUUUUCUUUGCCGAGUACAGUACAAAGGACAAUGCUAUUUAUAAUUCGUUCUUGGACAUUCUAAGUGGACUGUCUGUAGAUACCGACCUGUCCGACGCUGCCGGUGAACGCAUUGUCAAGUACAUUAGUGCAUAUGUUACGAAAGAGAGGCAAAUCAAACAGCUUGAAGAGCGAUUAUUGCAACGCCUUGAUAGGUGUGCCACAGAGAAACAAUGGAAUUACACCUGCUACGCUUUGAAUUCUCUCAAAGGUGAUCGGGAUGAUGCAGUAUCCGAGAAAAUUGCAGCAGGGUUUAAAACGGUAGAAAAGGUUGAGGAUGCGCCAAAAAUUAACGAAGACGCUGAAGACGUGCACGAACAACCGUUCGCACCGGCACCGAGCACUCCGACUCGUAGUCCGGGGGUACAGGAGCCCUAA